GAUUCAAAAGUUUUUCAAUGGCCGCCGCUGUCUGCUCGCGUGCUCGCGCCACUUUCGCCGGUCUCGCCCGGCUCUGGUCUCGCCUACCUCGACUAGUCGUUUCUCCUAAGUGAUCAGUAUUUCCUGCUUCAGUAAAACUUCCUGAAAUGAAGUGGUGUGUGUUUAGCAGCUGUCACAGGUGUUAGUGAUAGGAAGCGACGCGAGGUUUUGGCUUUCAUAGCGCGGUUUGUUAAUUUUGUUUUCCUUUUGCAGUGUAAGUGUGUUCUUUUCUUUCUUUUUUGCUUGCGUGUGCAAAUGCCGACUUUUUGGAGAUGUCAGCUCCUGCAAACCGGCGCCGUUGCUCUGUAAAGGGCUGUAAGGUUAGUGAUCGCGACAGCGAGUCUUUCAGCAGCCAUGUCGCCCCGAAAGAUGACAAGCUAAAGGCUAUUUGGCUGGAGGCAAUCGGGCGUUCGCGUAGCGACAAACGUGUCCAAGUAUGUUCUCGUCAUUUCGCUCCGGAGGUCUUCGAGCUUAGCACCGCGCACACCGAACGUCCGCGAUUGAGACACGGGGCGGUCCCGACGCUAUUCCUACCGGGUGCAACAGCUGCAACUGCAGCAUCAUCGCUGAUAACCGGAUCAACAUGGCCAGCACCCGUGCCUAACCGUGACAGCCGAGUUGGAAGCCUCUCUACAGCUCGCUGCUGCAGGUGCUCUGCUCCUCGUGCAACCGUUGGCACACAAACGGAGGCGGACACUGCAGGUUCUUUCAUACCCAUGUACCUCGUGCUUACAUCAGCUGCCUCGGAAAAACCAGGCCACGCAGCAUGGACAACUCGAGGCUCCGGUUCAGUCUGUGACCCUUCUGGUAAAGGAGGGGCGUGCUCAAAGGAGAUCAACUCUCUAUCAGAACCCACAACAGGCAUUCUCUUCAAAUGCUGUUUCUGCACCCAUGUUGCGGGGGAUCAGCGUGGAAUCCUCAGUCACCUGGUUGUCCAUAGCAAUCAACACCUCGAGCGCCAGCAGUGCCCAGCAGAUUCCCCUUCCAAAGAGCAAGACAUGAGAUGCAACACUGAAAUUGAUGAGUCAGGAAGAACUUUUGAGUGUCAUCUGUGUCCAGAAGCUUUUCAGGAAAAUAGUCAACUGGUCAAUCACAUUGGAAUGCACACAUGUGAAAAACCUUUCAGAUGUCAGGAGAGCUCCGAAACAUUUUUUCUUAGUAGUUCCCUGGACUCUCACAUCCAAGUCCACACAAGUAAAAAGUCUCACAAGUGCCAGGAGUUCUCUGAAGCAUUUGCUCAAAGUGAUACUUUGGCCAUCCACAUGCAAACCCACACUGGUAAAUGUUCCCAAACCUUUGAUAUGCGUGCAGCUCUAAAGGCACACAUUUGAAGGCACUCAGGCGAGAGACCUUUCAAAUGCAAGUAAUGUCCAAAAGCCUUUAGUAACCGUACGAACCUGAGGCGGCAUGUUCAAACGCAUACAGGUGCGAUACCUUACAAAUGCGAUAAAUGUUCCAAAACCUUCACUUCACAUGGGAACCUGACACAGCACAUUUGAAGCCACAUGGGCAAAGUGUCUUUCACAUGUAAACAAUGUGCCAAAGCUUUUAGUGUGCGUGGGAACCUGAUCUGCUACAUGCAAACACAUAUGGAAGAGACCUUAUAUAUGUGAGCACUGUUCCAAUGCCUUUAAGGUGCGUAAGUACCUGGUGAGGCACAUUCAAACGCAUGAGGGGUCAUAGAAUCAUAUGUCCCACAACUCGUCUGCGUCAGCCGGCCUGAGCAGAGCGAUGAUUUGUCUGAAAAGAAAGACUGUCCGGUAUAAUGCGCCUCGUAUAUGAGAGCAGUCAGAGUUGUGCUCUGGUCGGCUACAUACUAAUGUGCAGGCGAAGGUUCCCCUGUGUUGACGGUUUGCAAGCGCUUCUUUACUGUACUGGUUGUCUAGGUUUGAAUCGGUCCGAUAAACCUUUCUGGGGUGUCAGCACAAAUCCCUUUGGAAAAACUGGCUUCGUCUGACCUGUUUGAUUUCAGUUGUAGCUAGUGCUCAGUGUUUUAGGGGCUAACUUUUUGUUUUUAGAUUUGGGCGGUGUUUUUUGUGGGUUUUAUAUCCUCCCGGAGGUUCAAUAUUUUCCAGGGUUAAGUUAAGUGGGGCUUAGUUCAAAGAAAAUGAUCUGGAUGAGCAUCAUACCAACGUGCGGUCGUGUAUCACUACUGCGUGGUGCACGUUAAAGACCCCAGGCUAGCGGUUGUACUGCACUGGCUAAAUUGCUCAUCUACAGCAUGUGACUCGUCGCAACUUUAAUGGCUGACCAACUACACGCUGUAUAAAUAUCCCCACAACCCCAAAGUUCAAAGAAAACGGGACACUGGCAUAAGAUUCCCUAACCUCAUGGAACACACGAAUGACCCGAGAAGGAAAGUAGAUAAGGAAUGUGAUUCUUGAGUAAAGAUUCAUCCUCACAAACACUUGAGUGUGAGCUGUGUUUCGGGUCAACACAAAAUACUCCCAUAUCGUCAUGAACAUAACGAGCGGAGCUCGAUGCCUUUAUAGGUGUAUUAAGUUUUCAUUAGGCAAAACAUUUCUGAGCUUCCCAAAAAAAUAUAAAAACCGGUAGAGUUUGUGCAACCGGCAGCAUCGAAAUUCGGCGAGUGUUAUUGGAUUUUAUCGGAUUUAUCCGAAAACGCAGGAGCCACAUUGGCGAUAUAUAUCUGGGACCAUUUUUUCCUCGUUUGUACUUGGGACCAUUAGUUCAGGGACCAUUUGUUCCGGGACCGUUUGUUCUGUUUCCCCCUCUGGAGUGGUGCAACUUGCACCAGCCUGAGUCUCCGCACCUCAUUCUCGUAGCGCAGUUUGUGCAUGCCAUCCCAGCAUCAAGUGCACCAACGGAGAGUAACUUCUCAUUGGCCGGCAUCGAUUUAAGAGGUAAACCAGCCUGAAUUCGUCCUUGUUCAUGAUAUGGCGUGUAUGCGAGUUUUCUUUUUCUUGACGGUUGGCACUGAGUGUUUUUAUGCAUAUGGUCCCAAGCAUACAAUUGAAGGUUUGUGUUGAAAACUGAAACCGAUGGAAGGUGUUGCCAUUAUUGAAUAUUGUGAUAUUUUCCCUGUGGUGUACUCGCCUGCGGUAAGUGAGUGCCUUUCCUAUUACUCUUUUUUUAUUGUUUGGCCUAAAUAAAAUGACAAAAUGUUAUUAGUUCGUUCUUUGUUCAUUUUCAUGUUUAUAAAAUAUGCAUCUGCUUGAAGUGUGUUUUACAAAGCAAAAAGGAAAAUAUUAAAAUUUUAUUCCUUUGAGCUCAUACUCUGGGCAGUCUCAGUGUGGACUCCUAAGACAAUCUCAUGACUGCCAUCAUCUUUCCAGCGAUGCGAAGUGUGUUUGGAAGGAUCAUUGCUUAUUUUAUAAAUGCAAUAAAAUACUUUUACCAUA